AGCCCUUACGUAACUCUCCUGCAUGUGACACCGUUUAUAACAAGCGGAUCUCGUUUGACGCUGCUAUUCAACUUCCUUCUAACCGUGCAGUUUUCCUAGUGUAGUAGGUAGUACCGCGGCACAAUGCGCUUCAGCAGGUUGUCGUCCACCAAGUCUCAGGGCGGAUGGCCCUCGGUCCGCGGAAAUUGUCGACGCGCUUUGUCAACCCAUGCGGGGUGCACUUGCUCUUAUGGCAUGCCAUUCCCACUGUUACGCCAAAGACCAGUUUCUGGAGCUCGAUUUCUCUCGACAUCACUAGUAGCACACCACAGACCCAAUAAUACCGGCCCCUUUCGCACCAUGGAAGACAAGCUGCAGUCCUUGGCGUUCCGGGAGCGGCUCGCAGCGGCCUACCCCUGGACGAAGGCCCCACUCAUCGUCGGCGCGCCGAUGCGGGUGAUGUCGGGUCCCGAGCUGGCCGUCGCCGUGUCUCGUGCCGGCGGCUUCGGCUUCAUCGGCCCCGGCUUGACACCUCAGGCCACGGCGGCCGACCUGGAGACAGCAGCGGGGCUCAUUGCCGCGGCGACGGCUGCUUCGGGCGCCCCCCAGGCCGGUCCGCACUCUUCUUCUUCCGCCCUCCUCCCCGUCGGAGUCGGCUUCCAGCUCUGGAACGGCGACCUCGGAAUCUCGGCGUCGGCCGUGGCACGGUACCGCCCCGCUGCCGUGUGGCUGUUUGCGCCGGCGAAUGGCCAGCCGGACGUCGAUCGGUGGACGACCCGUCUGCGCGAAGCCGCCCCGGAGACCCGGAUCUGGCUGCAGAUCGGCACGCUGCGGGAGGCGCUUGACGCGGUGCGGAGUGCGUCGCCGCCAGACGUGCUCGUGGUUCAGGGCGCCGAGGCGGGAGGACACGGCCGUGCGUCGGACGGCAUCGGCUUCAUCACGCUGCUGCCGGAGAUCGCCGACGCGACGCAGGGCUCCGGGAUUCCGCUGGUCGCGGCGGGCGGGGUGGUGGACGGCCGCGGCGUGGCGGCAGCUUUGGGCGUCGGAGCGGCCGGCGUGGCCAUGGGAACCCGCUUCCUUGCCUCGCGGGAGGCACGUAUCAAGAAGGGGUACCAGGAUGAGGUGGUGCGCGCGACAGACGGAGGUGGGAAUACGGUGCGGACCCAGCUGUACAACCAUCUGCGCGGCACGUUUGGCUGGCCGGAGCAGUUCAGUCCGCGCACUAUCAUCAAUCGGAGUUGGGUGGAGCACCAAGCCGGGACAGCGAUGGAGGAUCUCAAGAAACGUCAUGACGAGGCGGUUGCCAAGGGGGAUGCGGCAUGGGGUCCGGAGGGCCGGACGGCGACGUAUGCUGGUACCGGCGUCGGGCUGAUCAGGAGCGUGGAGCCCGCCGGCGAGAUCGUCGAAGGGGUUAGGAGUGAGGCAUUGGGGAUUGUCCGGAGACUGAGCGGCCUGUCACACUAGCAUGACAGUAGAAAUGCCUUACCCUCGUAGCAAAUCAAGCCCAGCGCAGAUAUCUCACCAUUCUUGUCCCGCCAGUCGAUCAGCAUAACCAUAUACCUCCAACCGUCCUCGACGUCGAUCCGCCUGUUUCCCGCCCUCUUGUCUUCCCUUCACAUAUUAGGAUAAAUGCUCGGGAUUCCGUGGCAGAUAUGGGUGUCGAGUCGGCAUCUCAACUCCUGCGACGCGCCGACUCAGGUGUUGUACACAUCUGUCUCCUUUGACAGCAAGACCUCCGAGUAGCGGUAGAUCAACCCUUCGUAGAUACGGAUAUCCCCGCCUCUCUUAGACUCCGC